UCAAGAAGACUGCGAUUCUCACUAGCAUCAGGACUGUCAGUUUAGUCUCAGCUCAGGUCUCUGCAGCGGACUGAGGUAAAGCAUUGCUCCCAACUGGUGCGUGACGUAAUGUGGGUAUUGUGCAGUCCCUGGCAGAUUCUACGCUGGAAUAGGGGACCGAGACACGACUAAAGUGCCAGGCGAGAUUGCAGGAUUUUUAUGAUGUCUGCUCGUGCAGUUGAAAUGGAUGAUGAAGAUGGACGUUGUCUGCUAGAUGUAAUUUGUGACCCUCAGGCCCUGAAUGACUUCCUGCAUGGUUCAGACCAGCUCGAUGGCGAUGAUCUCCUUGAUACGACAGCUGAUCCUGCCAGCGCCUUCUUCACUGAUGCAUCUCUUAAUGUACAGGAUACGACUGUUAAUCAUUUGAACAGUGGACAGACUCAGAAUCCCUCUAGCGCGGUUGAUCUCGAUUUCCUGGAAGAUGAUAUCCUUGGUCCGUCUCCCGGUUCCAACUUGCAGAACUCCGAUCAACCAUGUGACAUCUUGCAGCAGAGCUUACAAGAGGCCAACAUCACAGAGCAAUCACUAGAAGAGGAUGCUGACCUGGACAUUGCCUCUCUCCACUUCCCUUCCCUACAGCCGGUAUCGCAGGCAGCUGACGCCUCCCAGCUUUUUUCUACCAGCGCUGAUUUGAUUGGGUUACAGCAGCAGCCCACGGUCCUUGCCCAACAGACUCUGAUCCAGCAACAGACCAUUGGCGGCCAAGUAGUGAACAAGGCCAUUAACGUCCAGCCCUUUUUGCAGCAAGUGGGAUUGGGUAACGUGACAUUGCAGCCGGUCUCGAACCUCCAGGGGCUGCCAAAUGGAAGCCCAUCUGGGGCCUUAGGCAUUGGACAGAUCCAAGUGGUUGGGCAGUUGUCGAAUCAAUCAGUCAUGACCAUCAACCAGCCAACUCAACAAAUCAUCACGAAGGCUGGACAGCCCACCCAGGUGACCACUGUGCCUGUUGGUAGCUACAUAUCAUCGCCCGCCUCGGACCAGCAGCAAGUGGCCUUGAACUCUGCUGGGGUCUCCCCGCCCAACACGGGACUCGUGCUCCAGAAGAAUGCUGCCCCCGGGGCGUUGAACGGAAACUCCCUUUUCGCCGGUACCUCCAUCGCCCAGGCAAACCAGUCGCUGGCGGUCAGACCCACCAUGAGCAACCCGUUGAUGCAGGCUCCGCUGUCCGCUCAAAACGUCAUCAUCCAGAGGACCCCGACCCCGAUCCAGCCAAAGCCAACGGGAGGGGUCAUCCAGCACAAACUCUUUCAGAUUAGCUCGAAGCCAUUUGCCUCUGCCAACACUGCACUGACCAUCCAGAACGAGGCGUCCCUGCAGCAGCAGCAACAGCAACAGCAGCAGCAACAGCAGCAGCAGCAGCAAAAGGCCCAGCAGAAUGUGACCUUCAUGACGGGGAAGCCGGUACAAAACGUGGUGUUCUCAGCCUCUGGGGCUGGUUUCCCCCAGACCAUCUCCUCCAGUGUUUUCAAACAGCAUCAGGCACAGCAGCAAGCCCUGGGGAAGUCCCUGAGCCUUCACCUCCAAGGCGGCAGCAUCGUCAUCCAGCCACAGCACGUGCAGCAGGCUAUGCUUCAGAGUCAGAACCAGUUCCUCCUCCAAGGGCAGCUGUCUGCCGCCUCGGCUGUCCCUCUCUCCCAGCAGCUGUCUGCCCUGCAGGCGAACGUUGGUGGGCAGAUACUGACCGCCCAGUCUGCGGGCGGGCAGGCACCAGCGACUCACAUCAUUGCCAGUCAGGGUCCGGCCGGCCAGCUGAUUGCCAAUCCGACCUUGCCCGCUCAGAUCUUGACCAAUCAGAACAUUGCCGGCCAGCUGAACUUGAGCCAGGUCAUAGCGGCCCAGAAUGCCCACGGAGCAACCCACAUCUUGUCCGCUCCCAUACAGCUGCAGCCUGGCCCCGUGGGGCAACCGGCGGUCUUCCAGAUGCCCGUGUCCUUGGCCAACAGCCUGAACCCUCAGACUUCAGCAUCGGUCCAGGCGACGCUGGCCGGCGGAGCCAUCAGCCAACAGAGCCAGUCGGCCGUCAUCCAGGGGGUGACGCUCCCCAGCCAGGUCACCAUGCUCAACAGCGGGGAGGGUCUGGGACAGGCAGUGAGCAUCCAGCAGUCAGCCAGCAACGCCCAGGGCUCCAGCGUCAUUCAGCCGCAAGCGGGGCCCGGCCCCGGCCUGAUGGCUCUCGGUAACGGCCAGCCCUCCUUGCUGACCGUCCAGACGGCCGCUGCCUCUCCGACUCAGCCCUCACAGCAACACCCUGUCCAGCAGCAGAUACCCUCCGCCUCGCAGCCCAGCAACAGCAUGGUGCAGACACCCGGCAAAAUUAUAAUCAGCCAACAGGGGCCUGCAGCAGCCGUCAGCCAAGAUGCAGCCGACAUGUUCUUCCAGCAGCAAGAACAGAAACAGCAGCAGCUUUACCAGGCGGCCCUGAAACUCCAGCAGGAAAAGGGCCUGAACCAGCCAUCCCCUCACAGCUUAGCGCCGACUGCCACCACUAGCAGUGUCCCCGCCUCGGUUAUCGUCAGCAGUAGCGUGGGGCUGGCACCGGCCACGCCCGCGGAACAUGCGGACUCCAAAGGACAAACGGUGUUGCCCUCGCUGCCAAAUGCUCCGUUCCAGCAGAUAAGGGCUGGCCAGCAGACGGCCACUGGGCAGCAGAAGACAGCCUUGCAGCAGCUCCCGGUUGCUUCACAGUCGCCUCUACCUCAAACGCCACAGAGCGACAGCCAACUCCACCUUCAGCAGAUGCAGUCGCCCCACCAGAUGCAAUCUCCGCAUCAGAUGCAGUCGCCCCACCAGUCUCGUCCCCCUUCCCAGCCACAGCCUCUGUCCAGACCACCCUCCCGCCCUCAGUCCCGGCCGUCCUCGCAGCCCCAGGUGUUGUCCAGACCACCCUCCGAGCCCCUUUCCCGCUCCUGCACUCCAUCUCAGCUGCCCCUGCAGCCCCUGUACGUGAUUCAGACGCAGGUCCAAUCCUCCCCACACGGAACGCCUCAGGGUCAGCACCCGAUGAGGCCACCGUCACAGCCCCACGUACAGAUUCAGUUCCAGAACCCUUCGCAGCCUGAGCCCCAGCCUCAAGCCCAGCUGACGUCCCCCACCCAGAUACACCUCCAGGUCCAGCCCACCCCUCAGGUCCAGAGCCAGACUGAGGUGCAGACCCCGUCUCGCCUCUUGCACCCGUCCACGGCCCCUUCCCAAGUGACGGGCGAGCACCACCCAACGCAGUCUCAGGCGCCGCAUGUGCAGCUUCAGCUGCACUGCCAAUCCCAGUCACAGGCCCCCCUGCAACCCGUCUACCAGACGCUGCACCUCACGGCGGAACAGCAGCACAAGUUUCAGAUGGUGACGAGCCAACUUCAGUCCAUGUCUUCGAUUCCCAACCCCAGCGACCAGCAGAAAACCAUCAUGGAGAAGCUGCAGCAGAUGCAGCAUAACAUCAUUCUACAAGCCAAGCAGUCUGCAGCUAACCAGACUGCGCCUGGAUUCGGCCCGCUGAGCAGUCAGGCGCCCACAAUGUUGAUCAGUAAUCAGGUGCAGUCCCCUAAUGUACCAGCCCAGGUACAUACCACCUCAGCCAGUAUGAAGUCCCAGCCUCAUGGGGGAGGUCAGGCAGCUCUGGCAACGCUUCUGCAACAGACAUCCGUCCUUGUGAAGACAUCUUCAGCAGCAGGUACCACAACCACGACAAGGUCCCCAGACAGCAAAGUCAUCUCGGGGGCAGUACCUGGAGGCAACUGCCACUUGCAGCAGGGAACAGCGGUCCCCAUACAGAUGAAGCCUCUCUCACAGCACCAGAUUCAGCCAGCCCUGCAGACUAAACCUGGAGUAAUCAGUUCGAUUUCAGGCCUAAAUAUGAACUUGACCAAAGGACCAAUCCAGAUCCAGCUGCUUGGUAAAGGACUGACACAGUUAAUGCCAGCAACCCCUGUUCAAGCACACCAGAUGGACAAUAAGUUGGGAGGAUUGAAGGCGCCAGUGUCCCUGAAACCGACAAAGGAAGCUGUGAUACUGGACAGCCUCCACAAGCAUCAGGACGCAGUGCUACACCCAGACUACAAGUCCUGUUUCCGGUCAUAUGAAGACAUGGUCCACAGGCUGCUGCCGUAUCACCUUUACCAGGGGACACUGCCGUCUGUCGAGGAGCACAGCAAAGUGGAUGAAGAAUUUGAGGCUGUAUCGACACAGCUAUUAAAACGGACCCAGGCUAUGCUGAAUAAAUACAGAAUGCUGCUGUUCGAGGAAGCUAGGAGACUGAGUCCGUCUGCUGAGAUGGUGAUGAUUGACAGGAUGUUCAUUCAGGAAGAGAAGACGUCCCUAACCAUCGACAAGCAGCUCGCAAAAGAGAAACCGGACGAAUAUGUGGCAUCUUCCUCCAGAUCCCAUAGCCUCGCUACCUCUUCUCCAUCCCCCUCCUGUAACACUUCAACAGCUUCACUCGAAACCCCUCGAGUUCCCUCAACUCAAACCGCCACACAGGUCCACCCAACGAAAUUGGUCAUCAAGCACUCGGGAGGCUCCCCUUCUGUCUCGUGGGCAAGGGACGGUGACGAUGAGACUCUCCACACACGAAGCCGGCCGCCUCCCAUGAAGACGUAUGAGGCGCGGAGCAGGAUUGGCUUGAAGCUGAAGAUCAAGCAGGAGGCAGGCCUCAGCAAGGUGGUUCACAACACGGCCCUUGACCCAGUCCAUCAGUCCGUCACCACGAGCUCCGUCAUUAAGAGCACAGAAUGUCCGGUGGUGACCAGCAUCGGCCAGAUGAACGGAACUCUUGAUCAUGCGACGCUGUCUCCAGCAGAGAACAAAUCGCCUCGUAGUGCCAACUAUUGUAAGCUGCCACCUCGCAAGACGUAUCGGGACAAUGUGCAGUCACUUUCAGCUGAUAGAACUGCCAUGAACCCAUCUCAGGGUGGGCCUGUUAGGGAGGAGGACAGCAGGAGGGAAGCAGUGUCCAAGUGUGAGGAAACUUCCAAAAGUGUCAUAGCCACUUGCAAAUCUGCGGAGAGUCCGAAGGUGAGAACUGGAAGAGGCAGGGCUGGGGAAAGUGCAAAGGUCUCGAACUUCACUAGGAAGGCUCGAACCCACACGGACCCCCUGCCUCCCAAAUCUGAGGAGCCUCCUGGUGGGAGAGCCGACGAUGGCGCUGGCGGACUCAUGAAGGAGCUGUCGGACGUUGAGGAUGAGUUAAUGCAUGGCGUCAUCAAAGCAGACCCCCCAGAUGGGUCCUGGGAACUGACGCUCCCACCUGCCAAGCGGAGCAAGUCGGAGUCGUUCGACAUGGACAAUGCCAGUUUCUCCAGUGACAGUCCUCAGGAUGACACAUUGAAUGAGCAUUUGCAGAGUGCUAUUGACAGUAUCCUGAACUUAAGACAGCCACAGUCCGUGUCAGUAGCUCAAAACCCAGUGUCGUCCCUGUACAAUUCCUCAGAAAUGAACUCUUCACCCUUUUCCCCCACUCCCCACUCAGACAGCUAUCUUGCACCCAAUCACAACGGAGGCCUUGGAGCUAGAACUUACACUAGAUGACUCAGUCUGUCCGACUCGUAUUUUUUCCCAAUGUUGGUACAAUGGCUGUGCUGUAGAACCACCACACAGCUCAUUAAAGAGAUGGUAUCCCUUUAUGUGAACCUACCAUUGUGGUAUUUUAUAAACAUCGCAUCCAAAAACGAUCUUGCUCAAUGCGUUCUUGAGGCUUUUAACAUUAGUGAAAGAUGCAGUGAUAACCCUCCCAGUGUAACCUGUGAUGAGAUUGCCGACUCUCACGUUGGAGCUUGUAACUUUUUAUGACAGGUUGGACGGCAGGGUCACAGGGUCAGAGAAGGCACAAUACAACUUGCCUUUUGGGGCCCUGUGUCCUUGCUCUAGUUAAGGGUAAAGGGUGAAGCAACCUAAAGGUGUGGAACAUGAGAGUUGGUUCGUGAUAAAUUCAAAUGGCUAACUAGAUGAUUGACCAAUGUACCUUAACCAAAAAAAAAAAAACAAA